AUGGGUAAAGGAACAGACAAGCUCUAUAUUACACACUCAGAGUGGUCCUCAGCCGAUGCCUUCUCCCCCAGUGUUGGCGCUGGCGCUUCUUCUCGCAAUCAAAACGCCAGUGCAUCAUUUCGCCGUCUUCCUUUUAACUUUUGCGCAGCCAGUCUCCAACCCUUCAAGAACCCUGUCUGCACCCCCGGUGGAACGAUCUUCGACGUUGAGGUCAUCAGCGCCUGGCUUGACAAGCACCCCAAUCAGAACCCCGUCACUGGCGAGCCUCUACAAAAGAAAGAUCUGAUCCGUCUCAACUUUGCUCGGAAUUCAGAAUCAGACUCUCUGGGCACGGGCUUGAGCGACGGAAAAGGCGACUUGAUCGAUCCGGUCACCUACAAAGUCUUCACCGACAACACACAUAUUGUUGCCAUUCGUCAUGGGACCUACGCCAAUGUCUUCGCUUGGGAUACGGUCGAACGUAUGAAUAUCAAGGCCAAAUCCUGGCGUGACCUCGUCGAUGAUGAAGAGUUUAGUCGCGCCGACAUAAUUACACUUCAGGAUCCCCAGAGUGCGGCCAGUCGCAACCUGGACCAGUUCAAGUACCUGAAGGAUGGCGAGCAGGCGCAAUUGACCAAGGAACAGGAGGGUGAGCGCAACGCCGGCAAUAUCAACUCCAGUGCAUUAGGAAGCCUGGGCGACAAGGUUUCGCGUGCGAAAGCCGCGGUGGAGAAGGCGCGCAAGGCUCGUGAGCAGGGCGGUGAUAUCAACCGUAGCUCGACUGCCCUCACCAAGCCUACUGCUGCCAACAAUGUUGUCCGCCAUUCUAUGAUCAAGGACAAGAAGCUGGCUGCUAACUCGGCAGCUUACACCACGGGCAAAGCCGCCGCUAGUUUCACCAGCACAGGACUGACACCUGAGACGAGCGGCGAGAGAGCUCUGCUGACGGAUGAGGAGUAUAUGCUAAAGCCCAAGCGAGUCAAGACAACCGGGUAUGCCAGAAUAGAAACAAAUCUGGGCGACAUAACAAUCGAGCUGUAUCCUGAGUUUGCACCCAAGGCUGUGUGGAAUUUCAUAAGAUUAGCACAGACUAGCUACUAUAAGGGUGUAGCCUUUCAUCGAAACAUCCCAAACUUUAUGAUUCAGGGUGGUGAUCCAUCAGGCACGGGCCGAGGCGGGCAGAGUAUAUGGGGAAAGUAUUUCGAUGAUGAGUUCGACGGUCCAAUGUCACACAAUGCCCGAGGAACGAUCUCCAUGGCCAACAAGGGCAAGAAUACAAACUCAAGUCAGUUCUUUAUUGCGUAUAAGCCCACGCCACACCUUGACCGCAAGCACACAGUCUUUGGAAAGGUUGUCGAGAAUCUCAAUGUUCUUUCCAAGAUGGAGGAUGUACCUACCGAUGGGUCUAGCCGACCCCUCAACAAGAUUGUUAUCAAAGACAUCGUUGUCUUUCAUGACCCUUUCGCCGAGUUUCAGAAACAAAAACAGGAACACGAGCGUCAGACCAGGGAACAGGAGAAGAUUCAGUUACAAGGUGGUACAGACGAUGACAAGACAACAUGGACCGGCAAACGGAUACGCAAUGACGGCACUGUUGAUAGCACAGGCGCCGGUGAGAGUGUUGGCAAAUACCUGAAGACCGUAACUCAUCAGAACACAGCGACGACCAACGAGGCUGAUAUUGAGGACGUUGACACGUGGGAGGAACCAACACGCAAGAAGAUUAAGGGGGGUGGUUUUGGGAACUUUGACAGUUGGUAA